AUGGCUUCACGACAACUCACCAUGGCCGAGCUCAACAAGACGGCUCUCGACCACUUCGUCUACCAGCCUGUCAGCCGCGACAUGAUUGCCUACCUGGCCCACGCCGCCCAGAAUGUCAUCUCAUGUGACCCGACAUCUCACUCCCGCUCCGACCUGCCCCCGACCCCUCCCAAGUCUCCCGAGCCUGAGGCUGCCGCCGAGGAGAAGUCGCUGCCUACCGUUGAAGAGUUCAUCACCCAGCUCGUCGUCUCGUCCAACGUCCAGGUCCCCACUCUCAUGUCCAGCCUCGUCUACCUGAACCGUCUCAAGUCUCGCCUGCAGCCCCAGGCCCGUGGCAUCCGCUGCACCGCCCACCGCAUCUUCCUUGCCUCGCUCAUACUGGCAGCCAAGUACCUGAACGACAGCUCCCCCAAGAACAAGCACUGGGCCAACUACACCAACAUCACUACCGACUGUUACCACUUUGGCUUCAGCCGCACCGAAGUCAACACCAUGGAAAAGCAGCUCCUCUUCCUCCUCGAGUGGGACCUGCGCAUCGAGGAGCACGACCUCUACCGCGAGUUCGACUAUUUCCUUGAGCCCCUCCGCCAGAAGGUUGCCGACCGGCACGCCCGCAAGAUGCAGCAGCGCGAGGAGAAGAAGCGCCAGCAGGAAAUGUACGCUGCCCAGCGUCGGUACCCGAGCCCCGUCUCGUCUCGCGGCCAGUCUCGCACCCGCACCCCAAGCCCCGAGCACUGCCGCUCCGCCAGCAACGGCUCCACACCUCCGGGCCUGUCCUACAGCAGCUCUGCCAGCUCUUACGCGUCGUCCAUCUCGUCGGCCGGCCAGCACUCGAGGUCUGCCACGCCCCUCAGCCUUGAGCAUGAUGCCUACACCUGCUCCCUGCCUCAGGGAAACCUCUACGACUCGCCCGUCCACGUCAUUGUGGACACCACUGACGGGGCCAAGCCCCCUCAGUACCGGCGCAUCCCUUCGGACGCUCGCAUGCUACCCUACGAGAUCUCGACCGAGUCCUACCACCAGGUCCAGGACGACGGUGCCGCCACCAAGAAGCGGCAAAGGCGUGGCGUCUGGGAGCGCCUCUGGAGCGUGGCUGCGCGCUGA